AUGUCAACAACACCAAAAAAUCAACAACCAAAAGAAUAUAAUGGCCCUGCUGAUAAUAAGAGGAAUUCUGGUGGUAACCGACAAAGAUUCAAAGAAAAUAUGAUAUUGGUCAGUGGUUUACCAUUGGACAUAUCUGAAGAACAUCUACUCGAUAAAUUGUGGAAAAUUAACCAACAGGCAAAUAAAUCGUCUAUUCAUUUAUUCAAAGACAAAGUAAACAGAACUAGAUUGACUGGUAGUGCAACGAUUACAUUUGAACGAGAAGAAUCGGUAAUGAAAGCAAUUGAAAAAUAUAAUGGAAAAUGUGUACCGAUCUUAAACGAUAAUCAAAUCUAUGUCAAGAAAUCAGAAGUAACAACUGGAGGUAACUAUGCAACCGGUAGAAGUUUUUCUAGACCAGUACCAGUACUGUUCGAAACCAGCCAGAUCGGACUGGCACGGCAUGAAUAA